AAGGAGCUGUCUGGUCAUAGGAACAUAGUGAACUACCUGGACUCUACCAUCAACUCCGUAGGGGACAGUGUGUGGGAGGUGCUCAUUCUCAUGGAGUACUGUAAAGCUGGUCAGGUAGUGAAGCAGAUGAACCAGCGUCUCCAUAUAGGGUUUACGGAGCCGGAGGUGUUGUCCAUCUUCACUGAUACCUGUGAGGCUGUGGCCAGGCUGCAUCAGUGUAGAACCCCUGUCAUACACAGGGACCUGAAGGUAGAGAACAUCCUCCUGAGUGAUAAUGGGAGUUAUGUUCUGUGUGAUUUUGGAAGUGCUUCUCUCAAAGUGCUGCUUCCACAUAAAGACGGAGUGACCGCUGUGGAGGACGAAAUCAGGAAGUACACGACCCUGUCUUAUCGAGCUCCAGAGAUGAUCAACGUGUACGCAGGGAAGGCCAUUACCACCAAGGCUGAUAUAUGGGCUCUUGGUUGCUUGUUGUACAAGCUGUGUUUCUUCUCGCUCCCGUUCGGGGAGAGUCAAGUCGCCAUAUGUGAGGGAACCUUUGUCGUUCCCGACAAUUCCAAAUUCUCCUUCAAGUUGCACUGCUUAAUCAGUAAGUCCAUCUGCCUUGUCCCUCAGCAACACAAAGCUGUCAAUCAGUAAGUCCAUCUCCCUUGUCCAUCAGCAACACAAAGCUGUCAAUCAGUAAGUCCAUCUGCCUUGUUCCUCAGCAACACACCAACCACAAAGCUGUCAAUCAGUAAGUCCAUCUGCUUUGUUCCUCAGCAACACACGAACCACAAAGCUGUCAGUCAGUAAGUCCAUCUCCCUUGUUCCUCAGCAACACACGAACCACAAAGCUGUCAAUCAGUAAGUCCAUCUGCCUUGUCCCUCAGCAACACACCAACCACAAAGCUGUCAGUCAGUAAGUCCAUCUGCCUUGUUCCUCAGCAACACAAAGCUGUCAGUCAGUAAGUCCAUCUCCCUUGUCCAUCAGCAACACAAAGCUGUCAAUCAGUAAGUCCAUCUCCCUUGUCCAUCAGCAACACAAAGCUGUCAAUCAGUAAGUCCAUCUGCCUUGUUCCUCAGCAACACAAAGCUGUCAAUCAGUAAGUCCAUCUGCCUUGUUCCUCAGCAACACAAAGCUGUCAAUCAGUAAGUCCAUCUGCCUUGUCCCUCAGCAACACACCACCCACAAAGCUGUCAGUCAGUAAGUCCAUCUGCCUUGUUCCUCAGCAACACAAAGCUGUCAAUCAGUAAGUCCAUCUCCCUUGUCCUUCAGCAACACAAAGC